GCGCGGCAGGGUCUAGCGUACAAGUGGUAUGAGCAGUUCUCCCGUCAGUUACCCGCUGUUUGACUGUGAUGAGCUGUUGUCUUCACCCAUCCCGUGCACCCUAACGAAGACCGUUUUCUUUCUUUUGUAUGUGUGCGUUGUUGAGUUAAGCUAGCUGGAUAUUAAACGGACACAACAGCUUUCUAUUGUCCCUCGUUUUGACUGUGUGAGGGGCUCGUGAAGGACUGACAGGCGGCUUUUUGUGUGUGGCAUGUGAUAAAGACAAGAGACUGAGGCGUGUUCACGGUUCACGGAUGUUACCGGGAAAAGAAGAAGAGGGGGAAGAAGGAGCUUUAUUUCAUUUCAUGUCGCCUGUGGAUGUGACUUUAUCUCCGCUCGGGUUCAGCAGGACAUGACGGAGGAGCGCUGCCGGUGGAUUUUACAGAGGGUCUUGCUAGCUGUUGAAUGGCGAGAUGAACAAUGACUGUUGGGCUUAAUAGUUUAGUUAGGAUGCUAAUGUCUUUUGUUAAACGUGCACACAGUGAACGCAUUUUUAUUUUUGUGAAGUGAGAGCUAACAUUGGUAAAACACAUCACAGGGAGGAUCAAUUCAGGCGCGGCCAGGCAAGCCAACAAUGCGGAUUACCUCUUGACUGUUUGCCUUUGUGUCAAUACAGACUGCUUGUAUCAAGUUUGAGAUACGGCCCUUUUACAAUCGUCAUUUAAUUUCAGUGUCUUUGAAAGGAGACAGUACACUGACGUGAGAUACAGGUCCCACAUGUGCACAGGUUGUCUGUGAAACUGCAAAGUGGCUGACAACAGAGCAACAGGGACAACGAUGGCGAACGACUCUGUGCAAAGUGACCCGGGUGGGCUGUCGGUCCUGGAGCAGCUCGGCCUGGACCAGAACACGGAUUUCUCUGACUCCAGUGUGCAGCAGCUGCUAGACGAGCAGCGUGAAAGGAUCCGCAGGGAGAUUCGUAAAGAGCUGAAAAUCAAGGAGGGGGCUGAGAACCUACGCAGGGCGACGACUGACAAGAGGAACGCACAGCAGGUGGACAACCAGUUGCGUUCUUCUAACCGCAAGCUGGACAAUCUACAUGCUCAGCUGCAAGAACUGGACGCUCACAUCGUGGUAAAGGGAGGAGAGGAAAAUAAAGAUGAGUGUCCUCAGUCUCCUGGGUCGGAGAGUCGUACGUCAGCCCAUAAGGAGCGCAUUGCUGCCCUGGAGAGGCAGCUUAAUAUUGAGCUCAAAGUCAAGCAGGGAGUUGAAAACAUGAUCCCCAUCUACGCCAAUGGAUCCACCAAGGAUAAGAAGAUGCUGCAGACGGCCCAGCAGAUGCUGCAGGACAGUAAGACCAAAAUUGACAUCAUCCGCAUGCAAAUCCGCAAAGCUGUGCAGGCCACCGAGCACAAUGAUGACACACAGGGUAACCAGGACCUGUGUGGGAUGGAGCUGCGUAUUGAAGAGCUGAGGCAUCACUACAGGGUGGAACAUGCUGUCGCUGAGGGGGCCAAAAAUGUGCUCAGGCUCCUGGGGGCCAGCAAGGUCCAGGACAAGAAAGCCCUGUCUGAGGCGCAGUCUCGUCUGAGCGAGGCGUCUCAGCGGUUAGACCUGCUGAGGGACUCUCUGGAUCAGCGUCUGGCAGAGCUGCCGGAGGACCAUCCCAAGGCCAGUGUCAUCAAAGAGGAGCUCGUCCUGGCCUCCUCCCCUGUGUUCAGCUCUCGCCAUGGCGCCCCCUACCUCCACAACCAGUACAGCACCCUCAACAAGCCCUCUCCUCUCACUGGUACCUUACAAGUGCAGCUGCUGGGCUGUGUGGGGCUGUUGGAGGUGGUCCCAGGUCGCAAUAAAGGGACAGCUGUCAUGCUGCCCUGCUACAGCCCCGGAGACACCAGGUCCUUCAUGAGAGGCAGCAAGGGACUCUACGGACGGAGCGGCUCAGUCAGCGGGAAGACGCCCAGCAAGACAGAGGAGCUCUCCUCUGAGGUGAGUGCCGUGCUGAAGCUGGAUAACAGUGUGGUGGGCCAGACACCUUGGAGGACUGUGGGAGAACAGGCUUGGGACCAGACCUUCACUGUGGAGCUGGAAAGAUCGAGGGAGAUGGAGAUUGCAGUCUACUGGAAGGACUACCGCUCGUUGUGUGCUCUCAAGUACCUGAAGCUGGAGGAGUUCUUGGACAACCAGAAACACAGAGUUCAGCUGGAGUUGGAGCCUCAGGGCCUGCUGCUGGCUGAGGUGACCUUCUUUAACCCGGUCAUUGAGAGAGUUCCACGCCUCCAGAGGCAGAAGAAGGUCUUUUCUAAGCAGCAAGGCAAGGCAUUCCUUCGGGCUCGUCAGAUGAAUGUCGAUAUUGGGACGUGGGUGAGGCUGCUUCGAAACGCCAUUCCCACCGUCAACAACUCAGGAACCUACAGUCCCAACGCACACAGCCUCACACUCAAUUCCGGGGAGGUCUCAGUGGAGAAGUUGAGUCUGGACAGUGACUCUCCGAUAAGAGGCGAUUACAAAAGAGACACGGACGUACACACCCCGGACCGACUGCCAGUCAUCGAGCCCUUCUCCCCCCCAGACCUCACCCCCGAGUGCCCUGUCCGAACCCCAUCCGUUGGCAGUAAGCAGAGGAAAGGUCCUCUGUCUCUGCAGGACUUCAGGCUGAUUGCUGUGUUGGGCAGGGGGCACUUUGGGAAGGUGUUGUUGUCAGAAUACAAGAAGACAGGCACGAUGUUCGCCAUCAAAGCUCUGAAGAAAGGAGAUAUCAUAGCUCGGGACGAGGUAGAAAGUCUAAUGUGUGAGAAACGCAUCUUCGAGAUCGUAAACAUGUCGCACCAUCCCUUCUUGGUCAACCUGUUCGCGUGCUUCCAGACUCCGGAGCACGUUUGUUUUGUUAUGGAGUACACAGCUGGAGGCGACCUGAUGAUGCACAUCCACACAGACGUCUUCACAGAGCCACGAGCCGUGUUUUAUGCAGCCUGCGUAGUUCUCGGACUUCAGUUCCUCCACGAACAUAAGAUUGUGUACAGAGACCUCAAGCUUGACAACCUGCUGCUAGACACAGAUGGUUAUGUGAAGAUCGCUGACUUUGGACUGUGUAAAGAAGGAAUGGGCUUCGGGGACCGGACCAGCACAUUCUGUGGGACUCCAGAGUUUUUGGCUCCAGAGGUCCUCACAGACACAUCCUACACCAGGGCAGUAGACUGGUGGGGACUGGGGGUCCUCAUCUAUGAGAUGUUGGUGGGAGAGUCUCCAUUCCCAGGUGAUGAUGAAGAGGAGGUGUUCGACAGCAUUGUGAAUGAUGAAGUCCGCUACCCACGCUUCCUGUCCACUGAAGCUAUCGGCAUCAUGAGAAGGCUGUUGAGGAGGAACCCAGAGAGAAGACUGGGCUCUGGUGAAAAGGAUGCAGAGGAGGUGAAGAAGCAGCCAUUUUUCAGAAAUGUGGACUGGGAGGCGUUGCUGCAGAGGAAGGUGCCCCCUCCCUUCGUCCCCUCCAUUGUGGGCAAGGAAGACGUCAGCAACUUCGAUGAGGAGUUCACCACCGAAGCUCCGACACUCACGCCUCCACGUGAGCCUCGCGUGCUCACCCGCAAAGACCAGGACAGCUUCCGGGACUUUGACUACGUCUCUGACCUCUGCUAGUGGGGCCGGCGCCUCACAGACCUAGAGGAAUGUUCGAUUUUUGAAGGCUCCACGACAGUUUCAUUUGAGCGGACCGACAGUCUCAACUGAGCGUCCGCUGACUGUUUGUCUGCCGUUAAUUACACUGUGAAUGAAUGCGGAGAGACCGGAGGCAGUCGGUCUGUGUCUUGUGUGUCUGCAGGGUUUUAAAGAUGGAUGACUGAGAAAAUGAAGCUGGGACUGAUAGCUGGUGGGUUAAAUGUUGGACAAACGAAAGCCCCAGUUCAAUCAUCGUACAACACACCAGUGACUUGUGUAUCUUUUUAAAUGUUAGCCUUUAAAACGCCUCCUCCCAUCCUCUUAUGUGUCAGUGUAGUCACCUGUGCAGCUGUGAGAGGAGGAGCUGUUGACUGUUCUGGGGUUGUUUCAUGGCCUCUCAUACCAAUGCCUUACAUUUGUACUUGUAUUUUGAUCUGCGGAAGAGUGUUUUGUUUGUACUUUGGUCAUUUGUACACAGCAACAGGAAGAGGAAGAGGGAUCCGACGUGAUGCAGAAAUGCUCUGAACUUUGUUUUUAAAAAGAGGAUUUGAGAGUGGAAACAGAGUGAAUUUGUACUCAAAGCUUCUGCAGCAGUCGUAUGACAAUGACCCUCAGUCAUGCUGACUGAUGCUAGGCGAAUCAUGAGUUAACUAUGGGGUAAAGAACCACUUUUCUUACUUUACUUUGGACUUCUAUCAACUACUUUUUAAAAUUUGUGUUGCUUGGAUUUUAAGUUCUGCCAUAAACGUUACAAUGGCAAUUUGCAACGUAGUCAUAUUUAUGACAGUCGAAUCAGACGGAUGAAUGCAUUAUUCAGAACCACAUACAUUGUAAUUGGAUAUUAUGUAGUUUGAUAUAAAGACACAGAAUCACAACCAUCAGCAGAAAAGCUGCGUGGCUAACAAGUUAUUUCAUUUUUGCUUUAAUUGAAAAAAGAAUCUGAACACUAAGAGUAGGUGUGUGUCCGUUACGGGCCUGAGACAUAUUCAUCCAGUCAUUUUCAUGCUACCAGAGUUUUGUGAACAUGACGUAAGUAAUCUCCAAGACAACGAUAUCUGACUUUACACUCAACAAACACCGGCUCUAACGGUUGUUUUAGUGUCUGUUUUAAGAACUCAAGCCACCAACAGUUUUCAAAACUGUCCGUUAUGGUCGUUGCAGUGUUUGGUUUCCAUCCUAGUGACGAAAUCAUCUCUGUUUCAGACGAAAACCGAUUGCUAUCUUUGUGAUUUUGGAAAGUCUGGGUGGUGCCACAAGCAAAACAAACCUCAUUAGCCACUUUUCCAGAGUAGAUCUCGCUGCAGUGAGCGCUGCCUCAGAUCCCAGUGAACAAGUUCUCCUGGUCAUACAUGUCUAAAUGAAGAAAAUCAUUUGAAACACAAUGAUAAAUGUUGGAGAAUAUGAGCCAGUGGUGUAAACUUGUGUAACACUUUACAUUUCUGAGUACAGACAGAGGUUUGUUGUGUAUGUAUGAUGGUGUGGACUUUACUUAUCUUGUGUAUGACCAUACAAAACCAUGUGAGAGUAUGAGAUGACUUAUUUUAUAAAGAAAACCUGGAGCGAA